AUGCGUGACGCACUCUGUCAAGGCCUAGUCGAGCGACCGCACGCCUCCCUCGAAGGCGCAAAAGCAGGAGGUCUGCAGUUGCCCGCGGCGGACUUGGUUCAUAAUGACCAAGCGGAAGCGUCAGCCAUCAGACGGACCCGUGCAUCUUUUCCUCCAGGAUACGCCGAGCGUCUACUCGCUGGUCGAGUUCGGAUGUUAAAUCUAUGGCGCCCAAUAAACGGCCCGGUCGAAAACCACCCACUAGCCGUCUGCGACGGAAGCAGUUACGAUCCAUCCAAACUCUUGGAAGCAGACAUUAUUCGGGUGACGUAUACCGGGCAUAUGAUGUAUGCUUUGUAUGAUCCCGGGAUGGCAUGGUACUAUAUGGGUCGGCAGCGGGAUGAUGAGGUCGUUAUAUUCCAGAGCGAUAAUUCUAAGGAUGGAGUGGCGAAAUAUGUCCCACAUUCAGCCUUCGCUCUUCCGGACAAGGACCCCGAGGAAUAUGUGAGGAUGAGUAUUGAGGUUACGGCUAUGGUGUUUUCGGGCACGGAGGCUUGA